CUCUCUUUCGACGCCAUGGACGUGAUAGUGGUCACCAAGGGCAGCGUUGGGGCGAUAACGAAGGGGUAUAAAAGACCCAAUCAUUGUACAGGUUUUCACUCAAAUCAAGGACUCAGAGCUUUGAACAGACUCCACCUGGAACGGUUUUUAACGCUGCAUACAAGAAAGAUGGCCAGCACCCUUUCUCGCGCUCUUCCCCGUCUCGUCUCUUCCCUGCACACCACGCCCAUCCUCAGGCGCCCACGCUCUCACAAGACCCUCGCCAGGACCAUCACCAGCUUCCACGGCCUGCAGGGUCUCGCACAGCCAUGGCGGGUACCGACGGAAGAGGCUCCUGAGCUGGUGGAGAGCGGGGAACUGGCGCUGCACUUGGAGGCCCUCCAGCGCUGGCACGACGAGGCCGAGCUCCUAAGGGAGGUGCGAGUCCUUCCUCCGGGCGUUGACGACCAGAUCAACCUCGAGGCAGAGACUCGAGGCCAAGUCAAGGACCUGAUGGAGAGUCUGAUUGAGGAGGAAAUCCUGGACAUCCGUCGGGGUUGGGUCCUCGCCUCCAACUUUUAAGGCCUUCCGUAGUUCCAUUUCACUUCCUGGUCUCGCCUCUCCUGCCUGUUUCGUCUGUACCUUGAAUGCGUAGUUUUAGGAUACAGUGACUGUAACUCUCCUCUGAGUUACUGAUGAAAGGUUUUUUCUUUUGACAAGGGACAUUUCCCUAUAUAAUGUUUGUGUUGUAAUGACUCAACCCAUGUUAAACUAUAAAAAGGGUUGUUAAUUGAGGAUCUGCUUUUAUACUUAUGUGACUGCGAUUUUGUCGAUAUUGAACAAAAUAUCUCAUUUAGCAAAUAAAAGACUUAUUACUGAAUUUGACAAAUAAAAUACUUGUAUGUA